AUGUCCUCCAAUCAGAGCCCACCACAGGGUCCCGCCCCUCCACACUCAAACCACGUGACCUCCCCUGAGCUGGCCGACUCAGGGCUGCAGCCCGGGGGACAACACCGGUUAUUUACAGCGACCCGGAGCCUGGAGGGAACCUGGAGCCUGGAGGGAACCCUGAGCCUGGAGGGAACCCUGAGCCCGGAGGGAACCCAGAGCCUGGAGGGAACCCUGAGCCUGGAGGGAACCCUGAGCCUGGAGGGAACCCUGAGCCUGGAGGGAACCCGGAGCCUGGAUGAGGCAGGAGAACCCGCCCCAUGCAGGGGGACUCACAGUCUGAACAACGGCCCGCGCCACGGGGCGCGCGCGCAGGAGCAGCCGGCCAGGCACACUUUGGCUCCCCCGGCCGGUGCUGCUUCUCUCCCGCGUCCCUUUGUCCGCGGACCGCAGCGCGCGCACCGCAGCGCGCGCCAUGGCGCCCCGCCGCUACGCGCCGAGCGGCUCGGCCGUGCGGAGCGAGGCGGCCGCCGGAGCUCCGGGCCGCGGCCACGGAGAACCACACCAGUUCGAUCCUUCCUUCAGAGGUCCAGUCCUCAGAAGGUGAGAAGACAGCUGGAGAAACUACACCAGCGCAGGGCGGAAGGUCCUGAUGGCGUCAGCCCCAGGGUCCUAAAGACCUGCGCCACCCAGCUGUCUGGUGUCCUGCAGCGCCUCUUCAACCUCAGCCUGAGGCUGGGGGAAGUCCCGGUGCUGUGGAAGACGUCGUGCCUGGUCCCUGUCCCCAAGAAGUCAACACCAUCUGGCCUCAACGACUACCGACCGGUCGCCCUCACCUCCCAUGUGAUGAAGGUGCUGGAGAGGCUGGUCUUGGCCCACCUCCGGCCGCAGGUGAAAUCGUCGCUGGACCCUCUGCAAUUUGCUUACCAGCCUCAUGUGGGAGUGGACGACGCCAUCAUCUACCUGCUGCAACGAGCUCAGUCGCACCUGGAUGGAACCGGUGUCUCUGUGAGAGUCACUUUCUUUGACUUCUCCAGUGCAUUUAACACCAUCCAGCCACUGCUGCUGAGUGAGAAGAAGAAACCGAUCCUCUUCUAUUUCAACAUCUUGAAAUGUGCCAACCCAGCGAUCCUCAUCAACCUGCAGUGCCCCACGACCCAGGUGUGUGUGUCGGCGUGUCCGGACCGGUUCUCCACGUUCACCGACAUGCAGCUGCAACACAAACUGGGCCAGAAGAACUCCUGGAAGAACUACAGAGGGUUCUGCCAGCCGGGCUUCAACGAGCCGGACAAGCCGGUGUCUCAGGUUCUCCGGGAUGAGGACUGCCCCUCCGUGAUUGUACCCAGUAGACCAUUUCUCCAGCGGUGUCUCCCAGACGUCAUCAGGCUCAACGGCUCGGUGACGGUUGCGAACAGAAGCUUCAAAGACGCUCUGGAGACGACUCGCCGUGUCACGGAGCUCCACCACGCAGCCAGGGGUGUCAGCGGACUAGUGGACACCACGGAGCUGGGCGUGAAGAUCGUGGAGGAUUUGGCCAACUCAUGGCCGUGGAUACUCGUAGGCCUGCUCAUCGCCAUGGCGAUCAGCCUGCUCUUCAUCCUGCUGCUGAGGUUCACGGCCGGUCUGCUGCUGUGGACGACCAUCGUCGCCGUCGUGCUGCUGCUGGCCUACGGUAUGUGGUUGUGCUCCGCCGAGUUGAGCCGGCUGAGACUCCGACCCGGCUCCGACGUGGCCAUCGUGGAGGUGGGCCUGCAGACCGACCUGCAGGUCUACCUGCAGCUCUCUCAGACGUGGAUCCUGCUGCUGGCGUCCUUGGGGGCGGCGGAGGCGGCCAUCUUGUUGAUGUUGAUCUUCUUGAGGCAAAGGGUGCGAGUGGCCAUCGCCGUGCUCACCGAGGCCAGCAAGGCCGUCGCUCACGUCACGUCCACCCUCCUCUUCCCCGUCCUCACCUUCCUCCUGCUGAGCCUGUGCGCCUCCUACUGGGCGGUGACUGCCGUCUACCUGGCGUCCUCGGGGGAGGCCGUCUAUAAGGUCGUGUCUCCGGAGGCCGGCUGUCCCCAUGGCAACAGCACUUGCAACCCAGAGACCUUCAACAGAACCAGCGUGUCCCUCUCGGCGCCGUGUCUGGGCUCUCGGUGCCGCUUCUGGUUCUACGGCGGGGAGUCGUGGUUCCAGCGCCACCUCUUCCUGCUGCAGCUGUCCAACCUGCUGGCGUUCCUCUGGCUGCUGAACUUCCUGCGGGCCCUGGAGCAGUGCGCCGUGGCCGGGGCCUUCGCCAGCUACUACUGGGCCCGGAGGAGGCCCGGCGCCGUGCCGCCGUGGCCGCUGUCUGCGUCGCUCGGCAGGGCCGUCAGGUACCACACAGGGUCUUUGGCAUUUGGAGCUCUGAUUCUUUCCGUUGCCCAGCUGGUCCGGAUCGUCCUGGAGUACCUGGAGCAGAAACUCCGAGGCCUGGACAGCGGCCCGGCCCGGUUCCUGAUGCGCUGCCUGCAGUGUUGCUUCUGGUGCUUGGAGAAGUUCCUCCGCUACAUGAACCGGAACGCCUACAUCAUGGUGGCGAUCUAUGGGAAGAACUUCUGCACCUCGGCCAGAGAAGCCUUCUUCCUGCUGAUGAGGAACGUGGUCCGGGUGGCGGUUCUGGACCGAGUGACGGACUUCCUGUUGUUUCUGGGCAAAGUGCUGAUAGCAGGAGGAGUUGGUGCGAUUGCAUACCUCUUCUUCACAAGAAAGAUCCCUGUUGUCCAGGAGGAAGUGCCCAACCUCAACUACUACUGGGUCCCCCUGCUGGCGGUGGUGGGCGGGGCUUACCUCAUCGCUCACGGCCUCCUCAGCGUCUACGCCGUGUGCGUCGACACGCUGUUCCUCUGCUUCUGCGACGACCUGGAGAGACACGACGGUAGUCCGGAGAAGCCGUUCCUCAUGUCCCCCGAGCUGCACAGAAUUCUGGGUAAAUCCAGUGAGUCGCGUUGACCUCCGGCCUCGUCCUGCACACACAGCUGGAGAACGACGAGCCGUCAGGAGGACCGGUCGGACCCCGUGAGACCCUCGGGGUCAGGUUCAGGGACCAGGGGCCUCCUGAAGGAAGACUUUCAGACAGAACCACGUCAGAACCAGUUGGACCGGAGUCGUAUUCAAACCCUCCGAUGAGAAUGUGAGGAGGUCGUCUGAAGGUUCAGGAGUGAGUUCACGACAGGAUUCUGCAUCCUUCUUAAAGCUCCUACCACCUUCUCAAAGCUCCUCCCACGUUCUCAGAGCUCCUCCCACCUUCUCUGAGCUCCUCCCACCUUCUCAGAGCUCCUCCCACCUUCUUAAACGUCCUCCCACCUUCUCAUAGCUCCUCCCACCUUAUCAGAGCUCCUCCUACCUUUUCAAAGCUCCUCCCACCUUCUCAGAGCUCCUCCCACCUUCUUAAACGUCCUCCCACCUUCUCAAAGCUCCGCCCACGGUGCUGCUCCUUUCAAUCUAUUCACACGUAUUAUGAGAUUUCCAUCUGAUCGCGAUGAUGUCAUUUAAGUUUCAUGACUAAGCAUGCCACCGAGUUUAACCGCUAUUUAUUAUUUAAAUCUAAAAGUGAACGAAUAAAAGCUGAGGACACAUUUUGUUCUCGAGAGGCGAGUCGCGAUGGAAAGAGGGAAGUCAAGUCGACCACAUUCUCACGUCAUGUUCCGGAUGACUCUUGAGAGACUUGGGAGUGGGCGUGGCCUGUAGACCCAAACUCACACUGCCACGGCCCCGCCCCUCACGUGUGUGUGUGUGUGUGUGACAUUAGUAUUUACGGACAAGUCUCGGGAACCAAGACUCAACCCCACGAGGUCGUCGGGGUCGGCGCUUCCUUCACGCUCGUUUUGAACCGUCCGGUUUUUGUGAUCGUGACAGAAGUUCAGUUUUUAUAAGAUGGAUUGAAUUUUUUUAUUUGUAAUGUGUGUUUUUUAUAUCUGUAAAUUAGUUAAAAUACAAUAAAGUGUUCAUACCCUGA